AUGAUCCCCGAGGUUAUUUUCCACACCCGUUCACAAGACGAGGAACAGGUCCGUGACCAUUAUGACCGAGGUGACGAUUUCUACUCGUGGUUCUUGGGUCCUCGUAUGAUUUAUACUUCAGGUAUUAUUUCCGAUAUCACUCGUGAAGAGACUCUGGAAGAGCUUCAAGAUAACAAACUUCGUGUUGUUUGUGAGAAGAUUGGUCUUAAGAAGGGUGACCGUCAUUUGGAUCUUGGCUGUGGUUGGGGUACUCUUGUCAGAUACGCCUCUUCUCAAUAUGGAGCUCACAGUACUGGUAUUACACUUGGUCGUAAUCAGACCGUGUGGGGUAAUACCAAUCUUGCCAAAGACGGUAUUCCCGAGUCUCAAUCGAAAAUCCUCUGUCUUGACUACCGUGACGCCCCAGUUCCUCCUGGUAAAUAUAACAAGAUCACCUGUUUAGAGAUGUCGGAGCACGUUGGAGUGCGCAAUUUCAGCAAGUUCUUGACCCAAGUGUAUGAUAUGUUGGACGACGACGGAGUUUUCUUUAUGCAAUAUGCCGGAAUCCGUAAGUACUGGCAGUACGAGGAUCUGAUCUGGGGUUUGUUCAUGAACAAGUACGUUUUCCCUGGAGCCGACGCCUCAACUCCUCUUGGCUGGACUAUUGACAAGCUCGAGGGUACUGGUUUUGAGGUUGUGAGUGUUGAUACUAUUGGCGUGCACUACUCGGCCACUCUGUGGAGAUGGUACCGCAACUGGCUGGGUAACCGUGAGAAGGUCGUGGCCAAGUACGGCCAAAAGUGGUUCCGUAUCUGGGAGUUCUUCCUUGCCAGCUCCGUCAUCGUGUCCCGUCAAGGAUCCGCCACCUGUUUCCAGAUUGUUCUCCGCAAGAACCUCAACUCCAAGCACCGAAUCAACGACGUCCCCAGACAAUUCGGUCUCGACGUGCCCCAACCGGCCACCGGCAACAAGUGGUUGAACGAGUAG